CGUAAUAUGUAUGAGCGCGGUCGGCUGUCGGCCUGAGCGAUCGAUGGGCAUUUGGAUAGUUCGGGCCUCGCUUAGCACGCUUACCUUCCCAGGUGAUGAUCUUUUGGAUCUUUUCCGUUGUGUUUCAUGUUAGCUUAUGCGAGCGCAUGUGCUAAGUUCACGCCAAGUUUUCGUCCGCUUCCCACUGACAAUCACACUGCGGUGAUGGAAUCCUGCUGGACCCGAUGCCUGCCGGCGUCCGUCAACAGGCAGCUGUUGCCGCUGAAGGCCCACUACUUCCUCUACCUCGCAGGACAAGCAUGCGUGUCCCCGUACCUGGCCGUGAUCGGGCGACAGAUAGGAAUCAACGCUGCCAUGAUCGCCGUCAUCUUCUCCCUAACGCCAUUGGCCGCCGUCGUCAUAAACCCUCUGUGCGGAUUUGUCAUCGACCGGACGCAAAACGCCACUGCCGUCAUCGUAUUCCUUCAAGCCAUCUUGGUCGCCUCCUAUGGGGUUGUUUUCUUCAGCCCCAGCAUCAACGCACACACCGAUAGUUCGUUCACCGGUUACAUAAACUGCAACUCCAGUCAGCUGAUGGUAUCGAACGCAAGUUCGGCCUCUUGUGUUGUCUCCGGGGCUUACGAAAGCGCCCCGAUUUCCUGCAACCUAACAGUGAUUGAAGAUGGCUAUUCAGUGAACGUCGAUGUCACGAGUGCUUCGGACACUCUGGUUAACUUAAGUGACGUGUCCAAGAUAUGCGGUAAUGUGUCGGUUAACGAGAGUGUCGCCAGUGAAACUUAUGCCAACCUGCGUUGUCCAUGUGAUGCCACUCCAUACGAGGGCAAAUUCUGGAUCUACACCAUUUCAGUCUUCAUCGCUUGGGCGUCUUCGGCAACCAUGUACACCGUUACGGAUGCUGCCGUCUGCGAGCUGCUGGGCGACAACGUGAACGCUUUCGGGCGCCAGCGUCUCUGGGGCACCGUCAGUUGGGGCGUUGUGAGCCCGCUGAUAGGAUUCCUGAUCGACGAAGCCAGUGACUCUUCCUACACCAACUACAAGCCGGGCUUCUAUCUUUUCGCGGCCAUCAUGGCUUUGAACAUACUCCUCAUAUGCUGCAUGCCCCGCUUGCGUACCGCAGACCUGUCCGUGAACUUUCUCUGGGACAUCGUGAUCCUGUUCUGCGACGUCGAGAUCGUGCUGUUCACUGCGUGGACGUUCAUAGUUGGCGCUCUCAUGGGUGUCCUCUGGUCCUUCAGCACAUGGUACCUGGAAGACCUGCACGCCUCUAAGCUGAUGAUUGGCCUGACCAACACGGUGAUGAGCUUGUGCGUGGAGGUUCCGCUCUUCUUCAUCUCCAAGACAAUACUCGAGCGCGUCGGGUACUUCUUUUCCUACACGGCGGCCUUACUGGCGUUCUCAAUCAAGUUCAUCGGCUACUCGUACCUUGUCAACCCCUGGUACGGGCUCAUCGUGGAUAUCGUGGGCGGUGUCACCUUUCCUCUUGCCUAUUCCGCCAUGACUGUGUUCGCCAAGCGGGCGGCUACACCUGGGACGGCCGCUUCGAUGAUGUGCAUUUUGGGCUCUGCUUUCGAAGGUCUCGGCAUCGCCGCCGGAAACCUGCUGGGUGGAAUGAGCAUCGAUAAAAUCGGCGCCCGGUUGACAUUCCGCUACCUUGGCUACGCGUCUGCCGGUUGCGCAAUUUUGUGCACUCUGACCUACCUGUGUCUUCGGCACCUUGGCAGUAGCCGUUUGGAUGCCACCUGCAGGGGCUACUCCCCGAUCGGAGAAGCUCGGCCUCAAUACCACCAAGGAUCAGGAUGCGAUAAAGAACGGUAGCGCCCGCCUGUGCGACAGUGCCGCCAACAACGAAUGCGCCGAACACACGUACUUCUGAGAAUUCCCCCGGUUGCUGCGCACUGCGCUACUCCGCAGCACAACUGCAAAGAGAUCUCCGACCGCUCAGUCAUGGCCCGCACAAGGACGUUCUUCGAGGACACUACAGGAACCUGCACUUACUCCGUGACAGUGUACCCUGCCAUACAUACCCACGGCUUCUUAGCUAUAGGGUGGCAUUUAGGCGUGAACCUCGGAACACUGCAGUGGUGUUUGUGUCACAUGUCUGUGCUUUUCAAGACAUGCCUUACAAUGCUGAUAAGUUUUGGCAUAAGGU